AUGAUUCUAGGAGCAGAUAUAUUUGGAUCAUGUCUCUUACCAGGGCUUAAACAGGGUACUCUAGGCUCUCUUACAGCGCAGGAUACUAUUUUCGGAUGGAUCCUCUCUGGGCCGGUUCUUAAGUCAAACCGCAGCUGGUCUUUACCAGUAACAGCGCAUCAAAGUAUAACCGAGGAAGUCCUUCACGAUGAUUUGCUUAGGUUCUGGGAAAUGGAGGAACCAACCUCCAGAUCCCUUUUGACUGCUGAUGAGAUGAGUUGUGAGCAGCAUUUUGUGUCGACUCAUCAUGGUUUAGCAUCAGGAAGGUAUAUGGUACGCUUGCCCUUUAAGAAUGGACCUCCGAUAGAUAUAGGCAGUUCCUUAAAUAGAGCAAAGUUAGUUUUGAAAAGAGUAUAUGCUCGCUUGCUUAAGGAUUCGCCUUUAUUUUCUCAAUACACGGUGUUUUUAACCGAAUAUGAACAGUUAGGUCAUAUGGAACACGUUCAGCAGUUUUCUGAAGUUGAUUCUCCUCAAACAGUUUAUUUGCCCCAUUAUCCUAUCCUUAAGGAUGAUAGUUCGACUACUCGUUUAAGAGUAGUAUUCAAUGCCUCAAGUUUGACGAUCAAUAACACAUCCUUGAAUUCGCAUUUUUAUAUCGGGCCUAAAACUCUUACGGAUUUAGUUUCCAUUAUAAUACGCUGGCAAUCCCAUCGCUUUGUGUUUGUCGCCGACGUUUAUACUAAUAAUUGUUGUAAUUAUGAAGCGCCUAUAAAUUUCAUCCAACUAAUAUCUUUGGAUUCACGGAUUCAAGAGGAAAAUAACUGUAAGGAAAAAUAG